AGCGGUCAACACAUUAAACUUGAACUUAAGGAAUCCCAAGACAACGAAAUGGGGGAAGUGGAUCCAGUCAACGAAGAUACACAAGAAGAAAGGCCUUCAGAUAAUGAACAGUUAGUGGAAAAUAUGAUGAAAGCAUAUGAGAGAUACUUGUCCCAACCCGUAGGAGAAGGGUGGGAACAAAUGUGGAGAAAACGUAUGGUCCCCGCACCAAAAAAGUCUUCUGAUGAAUUGAAAGUGGAAAAACCGAUAAAUGUGCCUGUUAAAGGCCUAUCGGACACUGAAUGGGCCGAACUACUUGGAUUUUAA